AUGUCAGAAGAUGAAGAAGUAUUCUCCACUCUUACACGCCUUGAUGGAGGAAGUGUGACUUUUGGACGUGGUCACAAGUCACGAGUUGUUGCUAAAGGAACUGUUUGUAUUCGAGGUUUACCAAAGCUAAAAACUGUAAGGACUAUGGAAGUCAAAUUCUCAAAGUUUGGAAGUAAGAUCAUUAGCAAAUGUGGAAAUGAUGUUGAAGCUGUAUGCAAAGAAGAUAAGCCCGUGUGUUAUGUCUACACGGAAGAGCCAAAGAAUUUGAAAGAAGCCUUGAACAUGAAGAGUGGGUUCUUGCAAUGCAAGAAGAGUUGA